AUUUCCAAGCCUCUCUAAUCCAUCCCAUGAUAUUUUGAUCAGAAACAUCUCUGUCUUUGGGGAAAAAGCUGCAGUGGAUGCUGGAAAACACCAGAAGCAUCAUCAUCAUCAUCUUCAGCAUCCACAUCGAGGUGCAACAUGAUCCUGAUGGAUUUCUGAGACAUUUCAAGCGCCAUGGACGAAACUCAAUCGAUUUAACCGCAACUGACGGGUUUGAAAGGGUCUGAUCAUCAAGAUCCCCCAAGACGGACGCGACCGUGGAGCAUCGAGGAAAAAAACGGGUCAAUCGGGACAGAGACCAGAUGCCCAACAUGGAGAGGGGCAAACCUGCCACUUACACGGGCGACAAGAAGGCAAAGAUGGCUGCAAAAACCAAUAAGAAGUGGGUAAGACUGGCCACCGUGUUCGCGUAUGUUUUAUCCGUGUCUCUGGCUGCGAUCAUCCUGGCCAUUUACUACAGUCUCAUAUGGAAACCCGCCGGAAGCAAUAGUACAAAACCCAACUCUCCAUUCAAUGACACCAACAGCAACAUCUCCGCGAUCAGCAACGGGACGCAGAGCAACAGCAGCGCGUCCGCGGAUCUGAUCCACUUCAACACCACCGGCUCCAACCGGACAGCGAGGUCGCUUUCCAAAAGUGCGCAGUCCCAGUCCGGCGAUUUCUACAGAUACACCAUGCCUACAGAGAGCUCAAAAGCCGCCGCAGAAACACAGUCUUCCCGGAGAGAUCACCACCAGACCCGCGCCGGCGGAGACGCGCGCCAGGACACGCGCAGGGACGAGGACGGCUUUGGGGGAAGAACACAAACUCAGUUAGUGUCUGACACGGAUAACAAGCACAGAAAGAACUAAGAGAAGCCUUGAGACUUGAGAUGUUGGACAGGAGGAGGCCGGGAGCGCGGACUCUCGGACACAAACGCAUAUAGCAGAGGCUAAUACGAUCAAAUAUACUAAUCUGUCCUUUUCGUUUCGCCUUAAUACUCGGCAUCUCCUUGGUGGACGUUUGCAGUGUAAUGGGCUUUAACUUUAUAUCCUCGGAGCGUAUAGUCCAAAAAUCACCGGCUGGCCUGUCAUCCAAUUGUAUAGGAAUCAUUCAUCCGAACCGGAGACUGUCCAUUGCGCGCAAUGCCUUGAUUUGAACAGCCAUGUUUAUGGGGUCGGGAAGGGUCAAGCUUUUAAAAUAACAACACUAAAAGCUUGCAUGAAUUACCUGUUAACCAAUUAAUCGGGAUUCUUAUGUUUAGAGGAACCUGUGUGUCGAUGCUCAGGUAUGUGCAAAUAAUAUCCAUGUAAAUGUACUGUUUAGUAAUGUACAUACAUGCUAUGGAAACAUUUCGCAUCACUCGAUCAUUUUUACAGCAAAUAAUGUACUAUAGGUGUAGAAUACAUCACUCUAAUGGUAAAUAAACUCUAAUGUAAAAGUACAAA